AUGCAAAGCAUUCGCUACGUGUGUCAGAAGAAAAUCGAGUUUUUCACGAGGGACCAUGAAAUUCUCACCGAAUCUGUCCACAGAUGUUAUCGAGCAGGAAGCUGUCAAAAGGGUAAAUGCGACACAACGAAAUCGUCUGACAUCGUCGGAGAAUUCAGCUGGAGAGCAGCAAAUCACCCUGGAUUUACCUUCUGCAGGACCAGCUGUGGUUGCCUACUCACGUGUGGAUGUUUUUUCUGCACACCUUCCUGCCUGUUCUACAGAUACUACGCAGCACCAACUUCGGAUACCAUCUACACUGUUUUCACUUGUCCAGUGUGGGAACUGACUGUAACUGCUGAAAUGACACUCCAGCUGCAAGGAAAAGCAGAAACGUUCCCCGUCAUUCUCCGCCCAGGAAGAACUACACGGAUAAAGGAUAUAACGCUAUCACUGCUAUCAACCAUAUCUCCUCAACUACCAGUCCUCGGAUCAACAUUCAUCACGGACGGUACGACAUCAGCUAUGACGAUGAAUGUGCAAGCAAACGCACUGACACCAGGAACACCAGCGCAGCUUCAGUGUCUGUCGAAAAUGGAUGCGGCUCAAUUCCGUUGCAGGUUCUCAUCAAGCGCUUGCACCUGCUCCGCUGGAUCAUACAAGGCCACAUGCACAUGCCCAUAUGGACAUAUUUCGCGACAUCUGAAUCAAAACACCCUCCCUCUAUUCACCAAAAACGUCAUGAUUGAACACUAUGACGACACUGUAGCUGCACACGCUCGGAUCGGAUCCGCAAUCUCCUUACAGCUUGAGAUGCAGAACGUCAACGUCGUUUCCCUGCAAAGCGAAGCACACUGUUCCAUCACGAGCUCAACUGUUGAAGGAUGCUACUCGUGUCUACUCGGCGCUAAGGUCACCAUCGUGUGCUACUCCAGUGAGGAUCAAACGACAGCCGACAUCACUUGCGACAAACAGCAACAAAUCGCCGUCUGCACCAGGAAUGGCAAAUUGUCAGAAAUUGCGUUCCACUUCGACUCACCGUCAGUCAACAUGAAUUGCACCGUCUCCUGCCCCGGAGGGGAAUCCAGCUUCCAAAUCAACGGCGUUCUCGACUACGUGAACGACGCAAGCUUCCAAGACGAAAUCUCCCACAGCAGCGAAGAGAACUUCAACCAUUCAGGCAACUCUAUCACGGCAGCAGGUCAACUGGAUAUCAUCACUCCCGAGCAAAACCAUCACAUUACUUUGUAA